AUGCAUCUGGGCAUCUUUAGCGAUGUCAAUAAUUACAGGACCGGGUUUCCCUGUCUUCGCGAUGUGAAACGCUUCAGCGACGACAUCUGCUACCUCGUCGGAAUUUUUGAUGAGAUAACUAUGCUUACAGAUCGGACGCGUUACACCGAUAAUAUCGCACUCUUGGAAAGCAUCGCUGCCGAUAUAGUGGGUGAAGACCUGUCCGGUGAUCGCGACCAUUGGAAUCGAAUCCAUAUAAGCGGUUGCGAUACCUGUGACGAGAUUGGUUGCGCCGGGACCGGAGGUUGCGAGUGCGACCCCGACGUUCCCAGUGGCGCGUGCGUAGCCAUCAGCGGCGUGGGAAGCCCCUUGUUCAUGCCGCAUCGGAAUCAAUUUGAUUUCGGUCUCACCAUACAGGGCAUCGAAAAUCGGCAUCGCCGCGCCACCGUUCACACCAAAGAUAUAUUCGACACCUUCCCGCUUGAGACUGUCAACGAGGAUUCGCGCUCCUGA